GAUAAACUUAAAUAUGACGAAAUUAUAAUCGGUUCAAUUUUCAUCUUUUUCAAGUUGUAAGAAUUAGAAAAAGAAGAUAUUAAAGUUAAUCUGCAUUAGAAACGAAUAUUAAUCGAUAGAUUUAUAUAUUAUUUAUGCGCAUGACGAGAAGCUACGUGUCAUCGUAUGUAAAUACCGAAUCACAAUAAUACACAAGUAGACAACUUUGAAAUGGACAGUAACGAACUCUCAAGCGUGGAUACAAUAAUUCUCCCGUAUCCGCAAUUCGUACGAAAGUGUAGCGCAAAAAUGUGCUUUAAAGUUUGAUUAAAUUACAUAACUAUAAUAAAGAGUGCAAAUAGAUAGGUAUUUAAUUCAUCGCGAGACGAUCUUGUAUAUACAAUAGUACACAGUGAUUAUCUGGACAUAAAUAUUUCAUGACGAGACGCAAGCACAAACGAUCGCGAAAGAAGGCUAAGUUUCUGAAGGUGCAAGAAUCUCAGAAAAAUGUACGGCCGAGAUUCUUUGAUCAGAGAAAUGAAGAUAAAGAAACGAGCGACGCUUCGCAUCCGCAUCAAUAUUCUCCGGAAUUGGUGCUGUUCGAAUCGCCUCACGUGGAUCCGCUCUGCGAUAAUAAGCUCAGGAGUCCGGAGAUCGUUUCCAAACAAUCUAGGACGAAGUUGGAAGACUUGAAGAAUGAUUCAGAAAUCGAGAUCGCUGCGCGGAUGAUAGAGCAAUCGAGUCCGAUCUCGUCCAAGUAUUGGAAGUCGAAGCUUUGGAUUUACGAUACCAAGUGUACAAAUGAUUAUCCUAAUAAUUAUUUAGAAAACUGUGAACGCGAGCAGGAUACUAUUAAAUCGAUCGCCAGCGAGCCGUUUGAUCUCACGGAGAAUUAUUCAUUCUGUUUAUCGUCCUUGAACAAUAAGGUAAACAAGAAUAGAAUGGCCAAUAUAACACAUGAUGAGAGAUCCUCGAAUACCAUCGAUAAAGAAGUUUAUCGAAAUAUUUCGAGGUCAACGAUAUUUCGUUCCAAUUUGAAAUCCCAAUCACAUGACGACGUAUGCAUUUUCGCGAAUGUCCCAGAACCUGCGAAUUUCGAUGAAAAACGAUCUCCCAGUUCAAAUCAACGAGACUACUAUAAUAUAUUUGAAACGAUGGACGAUUGUUAUUUAUUAGAUAAGACAUUUUCGAUGAACGACAAUCUCAUGCGUGAGAUAAAUAGCUAUCUGGACGAGCAGUCGUCGACGAUAAUCGGUAACAAAUUGGGGAUGGAUCGCGUCUCGGAAGCCCCACAUUUUGAGAUUUUAUGCGAGACCGACGACCGGAGCGAGCUCGGAUUAUCAGUCCGUAAAUCCGUCAAUGGAUCUGACGAUGGAUUGCGAAAUAAUUCGGAGAAAAAUAAGAGGAGAACAUCGAAUGACUGUAAAAAAUUUGACGUCGCGCUCGAGAGGAUCGGCGAACGUUUGACAGCGAAUUGGCGUGAGUUCCGGAAGAUCUUUGCGUAUCUGCGGAAAAUGAAUGGCGGGAAGACUCGCGGCGACGCCGACGACGACGCAGUCGAAAGCAGCGAGUUCUUGUUACACAAGUACAGGAGGCUCCCCCACAUCUCCGUCUCGACACUGUCCCUGCCGAGUCUGCCCUCCGUCUUUUGCACAUCUUCGACUUCGCCGAGGAAACUGAACCAUCAGCAUGAAUCGAAUGAAUGCGAAAGAUCGAAGCGAGAAGCCGAGAAAAGCGAAAUUCCGCCGACGUCGGCGGAGUCCACGACGCCUCGCGUGAUCAGAUUGAUGAAACGCUGUCGCCGAACGACCUUAACAUUCAGGGAUGAGGACGAAGCCGACGAAGGAGAGGCGGCCAAGCACCGGCAACCGGCAACUCGCGCGCCGGAUAUCACGGAGACGGAACCGCUUUCGGAAAUGAAGAAGAAAGAUGAGAAGCGUUCGUUUCUGUUAGAUCUGCCCUUCUGCAAAGUACCUCAUCAAGACAGUCGCUUUCCGGAAUCAACGACCGCUUCCAAACUAUCUGACCAUGAUUGCCGUCGUAGCGACUCUCUGCAAAAAACAGAAUAUCACUGGAAUGGCUCUCAUAAUCACCAGGCACCCCAAACAACGGUUCGAGAUACUCCCACCCGUGUAUUUCAACGAAGAAACAUUACCCGUACGAUAAUCACAUGGGUGAUUACUAUCAGCAUUUGGCUGAUAAAAAAAUUGGUGCAUCUCGUAAAUGUCGGUUACAAAAAACUGCAACAGAAAUUGAUCGUUCCGCCUUUAUGGAAGAUUUCUUCUUCGACAAAGAAAUUUGAUCAUCUGGCGGAAACAAUGCGUUCCGAAAGGGAAAUGCUGCACGCAAUGUCGGAAAGGAUGACGCGACUUUCGGAAGAUUUCAACCAGAUGCGAACGAACACCGAAACCACUCUUAACGCUCUGACAACCAAUAUGAACAUCUUUCGUGAAACUAGUAAAAAAAUGACGGAGGAUAAUACGGCAUUGCUUUUGGAGCUAAAGAAAUUACGUGAAAUGCUAGAGGAAGUUCGAUUGAAAUCUUCGCAACAGGUUCCCUUACCUUUUUCUCGUUCACUUCCUUCUUCACAUUCAUCUUUUCCUUCUUCUUCUUCUUCUUCUUCUCCUCUUCCUCCCCCUCCGCCGCCGCUGCCGUUGAUACCUUCCUUGGAAUUUCUUCCCCCUCCUCCACCUCCACUACCACCACCACAAUCGUUAUCAUUAUCAUUAUCACCACCACCACCACCACCGACACCGCCACCCCCAACACUCACUACUACUACUACCACCAUCACUACCACCUCCGCUACCUCUUUUAUUUUCUCCAAAAUUUCCUUGCAAUCUCAAAUGCCAUUGAUACAACCAACGACACCUAACAGUAGUAGAAAUAGUAAGAAUAGGACACCCACAAGAAAGUGUUCCACACCAUUGUGCAACAGGCCUAAGAUCACCGUCGAAGACUUACUGAAAGUCACCCUGAAAAAGGCUCCACAAAGUAUCAAAGAAAAUAGACGAAACACUGUACCAGGCCCAAGAGGUCCGAUCGUAUCCUUGGAAAUGUUGCGUAAUGUAAAGCUGAAAUCCGCCAAGCGUAGACCUAACGCUCAAACUGGAAGAUCACCCAGAAACGGUCGAAUCGUUAAAAACCGAAUUGCAUCAAAUAUCAAUCUCUCGCCGAUUUUGACUGGUUCGGAGGGCAAUUUAGAGCGAAUCCUGCGGCGAGUAGAUCUAAACAGGCCAAGGAGACUCUUGUCCAGCUCAAGCAGCUUCCGCGAACGCGAUUUCACAAGGGAGACGCAGUGUCACUCGUUGGAAACAUUGACGUACAGCCAAUCACAAUCCACGCUUGAAUGA